AUGACAGAUAGAGAAGGCCCUCUCCCGUCGAACGCCUUGCGGUCGCAUUCGACGUCGAUGAACUCACUAUUCUCAUUCCAGAACGAGAACAGCUACUCGAGCAUACUGGAGUACUACGACGGCGCAGCUGAGUCGCCUCCUCCGAGCUUGACGCAGGAGGCCGGUGAGGAGGGCAGUCCGUUGACGCUCAACUACGAUGGGCGGCACUGGAAUGCGCUGCGCGAGGCACCGGUGCUGCAAGGAACAGAAAAAUUUCUCGUGGUGCUCGUGGGGCUCCCUGCUGUGGGCAAAUCAACCAUUUCGGGACAUUUGAUAAGGUUUCUACAAAACAAUCCGCGCUUGAGCCAUCUACGUUGCGGCGUUUUCAACGCAGGCCAGGUACGGCGUGACCUGACGUACUCAGGCCGGUCCAUGAAGUUGGCCAACAGUUCUGGGGAGGAUCUUUUCAACCCGAAGAACUCAGAUAAGAAGAAUAUGUAUGCGCGCAUCACACUUGAGCGGCUAUUCCGUGAGCUGGACGCAGAUAGGUGCGACAUUGCCAUAUUCGAUGCGACGAACUCUACUAUUUCGAGGCGGCGUUUCAUAUUCCAGCAGGUGCAUGAGUAUAACACCCGCCUGGGAAGCGACAUCAACAUCACUCCGAUCGUGCUCCAGGUGACAUGCAACGAUGAGAACUUCAUUAGGUUCAACAUACACAAUAAAACAUUCAAUCAGGACUACUUCGACAAGCCGUAUGAGUAUGCCGUGCGGGAUUUUGCACAGAGACUCAAGCAUUACUAUACACAGUACGUGCCGUUCACAGAAGACGAGUUUACCACGACAAUCGAGGCUUACAUGCAUAUAGAGGGGCGUACUCCCGGCACUUAUAGAGGCAGCCUCUUCUUCUUCAGCAUUAUAAACGCAGGCCUGGACACAGAUCUUUCUGCUCCGAAAGUUGGCUUCGCUCCCCAGAUAUCUUCUGCGGUGGCUGAAGUGGUCGCGGCUUUUGGGGAUUUUGUUGACCAUUAUGCGCAAAUGUAUGGGCACAAAUACAUCACGCACGCUAACGAAUUUAUGAAAAAUGGACGCAACACCAUACCUUCACUAGGUAAUGAGCCUAUCAGCUUGACAUCCAGGCCUUCGUACCUUUCUACGUUGUGCUCUAUCAUUGAUGACCAAUACUUCAAUUCUUUGCAUUCAUUACGGAAGUAG